AUGGCCAAGGCUAACAUUACCGAUAGUGUAGGCGUGAACUGGGGUAGGCAGACAACUCAAAAAUUACUUCCAUCCAUGGUGGUUGACAUGCUUUUAACAAAUGGGAUUGGUAAGGUGAAGUUGUUCAGCGCACAGUCUAUUGCGCUUGACGCCUUUGCAGGCACUAAUAUUCAGGUCACAAUCGCGGUACCAAACAAUGACUUGCAAAUAAUGAAGGACAAAGAUAAUGCCACAAAUUGGGUGAGAACCUCUAUCACCCAAAAUUGGAAUGAUUUCAAAUUCAAGUAUGUAGUUGUUGGAAACGAACCAUUUUCGUUGGAUGAGAAAGAUGAUACGUACCGAAAGGAUGUACUUCCUGCAUUUCAGCUCAUUCAAGGAGCUCUUGAUGAGGCAGGUUUUGGUGACAAAAUUAAAGUUACGGUUCCCCAUUUUUUGGACGUGUUAAAACUAGGAAGCACAAAACCAUCAGAGGCUGGCCAUUUUCGUGACGAGGUAAAGGACGCUAUGAUCCAGAUGCUGGAGCAUCUCAAUGCCAGCGGUGCCCCAUUUAUGGCUACCAUAAAUCCAAUAUAUCUUCUCCAGAAAUAUAAUUAUUCUCUUGAAUUCGCUUUCUUUGAUGGUGAAGACCCAAACAGUACAAUCACGGAUGGUGAUAUUACGUACACCAAUAUGUUUGACGCAGCAUAUGAUGCAUUUGUAUGGUCCCUGAAAAAUGCUGGCUUCCCCAAUAUGAAAAUAGUCAUUGGGCAGAUUGGAUGGCCAACAGAUGGUGACCCAAAUUGCAACAUCGCGAACGCUAAAAGGUUCUACGAUGGCUUCCUCAAAAAAAUGGCUAGUGACCAAGGAACCCCACUUCGACCUGGACCCUUGGAAGCGUAUUUCUACAACCUAGUAGAUGAAAACAGGAUAGAUACUAGUAGGGGUAUGUUUCAACGCCACUGGGGGAUUUACAAUUACGAUGGGACUCCUAAAUUUCAACUUGAUUUCUCCGGCAAAGGGCAUGCCAUGGCCCUAUAUCCUGCUAAGGGUGUUGUAUACUUGCCAAAACGGUGGUGUGUGUUCACCAAUGAUUUCAGCGACCUUGCAAAGGUUAACAGAAAUUUUGAAUUUGCUUGCAAUCAAUCUGAUUGCUCGAGCUUGGUAUACGGAGGAUCAUGCAAUAACUUGGAUUAUGAAGGGAAUAUUUCCUAUGCCUUCAAUAUGUUUUUCCAAACAAGGAGCCAGAAGGCAAAUGAUGCUGCAUGUAAAUUUGAGGACAUAAGCCGGAUAGUCACUACAGAUCCUUCCCAAGGGGAAUGCAAAUUUCCUGUAGAGGUGCUGUCGAGUAUUGCCGACAAAACCAGUGAGGCAUCUGAAUUAACUAUCAAUGUGGAGUUGCUAGUGAUUUUCUAUGCAAUUUUUGGGAUUAUACUGAUGAACUGA